AUGUUCCCUCUCGUUUGCGCAGGUUACUCGACCGCGGGGUUGCAAGAUCGUGUCGGCGCCUCGGGGUCCGCCUCCGAUUCGGAAGAGGAAAACGACGACGUGUUCCGCACCAGUGAGACUGGACCUCCUCUCGAUCCAUCUAAAGACCUUGAAUUGCAAGACGAGGAUCAAGAAGAGGGCGAGGAUGAGAAUGAGGAUGACGAGGAAUAUGUCGUGUCCGUUGGCAAGAGGAUGAAGGUGAAAGAAGUUGCGAUGCAGGCUCCGGGGAGUCGGGAGAGGAAGAAGCCAAAGUUGGAGGGGACGUCGACACAGGUGAGAUUCGAAUGGCUUGUUAUCUUGAUGUGUUAGAGUGCCUGCUGACGGUGACCGUAUUCCAUGUAUGCGGACGGCAGACUGCGAAGAAGCGCGCUCCUCGUCGUCGAGUCGAGAAGGACGACGAAGAAUUUAUUGUCGGCGACGAUGAGGCUAUUGACGGCCGCAAGCGCGCCACCGCACCCUCAGCUACUCGAAAAACUUCGCACAGCAAACCGAAAACCUCUACGACAGCAACGGCCGGGCCCAGCAGCAACACCAAGGACGUCACUCUCGUCGAUGCGCAAGCCCCUAUCGAAGUUCCUGACGCGCCCCCGACUGAUCGAGUCCGCGCCCACGUCGUCAAGCAACUACACACCAUCUUCCUCUCCAUCUUCACCGCUUCGACCGAAGUCCCUCCCGAAUACCAUUCAAACGAGGAUCGCGCCAUCUCCUUCGCGACCGACGUCGAAGGCGACUUGUUCCAAGGGUUCGCCGAAGUCGACCUCAAAGCCCACGUCCGCGGUCCCCGAGCCAAAUACAGCAGCAAGUUCCGUUCGUUGCACUACAACCUCAAAACUAACGAGAACUUUCGCGAACGGAUCGCGGCGAACGAAUUGAGCUCGAUGCAGAUCAUGGCGAUGACGAACGAGGAUUUGAUGAGGCCCGAGUUGAAGAAGAUGGCUGA